CUCUAUUCGACAAAUAUUUAGACUUUAAACCAUUAAAUUUAAAUUCAGUUGCUUGAUUUUCAAACCACAGAACGGUCGGUCAACUGAGAAAAAUAAUUGUUUCGCAGACCAUAUUUUCUAUUGAACAAAUUGACGAUGUUUCUUAACAUUUUUAUUAAAGUCAUUAUAACAUUAUUAUUAUUAAUAAUAACAACGAUAUUUAAUAACUGUAAAUUAUUAAAUGCUUCAGAAUUGCACCACGUUUAUUGUAAUAAGGCUUUUAUUUUGGUAGAAUUGCCUUUGACAUCAAAUAAUUCUGAUCAUUUUCUUAAUACAAUUUAUUGGGAGAAUUUACAUUCGUAUGCGCCGAAAGAGUGUCAGCCAUUGUAUCGUGAACGUGAAAUCAUUUUGAAAGUUUUCUUUAAUGAUUUAAGCAAAUGUGGAUUUUCGAGAAGUGUUAACAAAUUGAGGGAUUCUGUUUCAUUCUAUCAAAAUCUUAUUAUACAUCGAAAUCAUACUUCGUUAUCGAAAAUAAACAUAAAAUGUUUAUACAAAAUUAAAAAAACAAGAACAACAAUAUUAAAACACAAAAUUGUGAAACGUGACGCCUUGCCUGAAGAUUUCCAAGAAGAUGUAGAUAUUGAAAUUCUUGAGACAGUAGAACAGAGAGCUCCUGAACCUCAAGUUCUAAUGGAAGUACGACAAAAUGAUCAAUUAAUUGAUGGUAUGGUAACUGUCAUACCCGGUACUCCUCUUGUAAUGGAAAUUAAACUUGAUGAAGCUAGUAAUGAUAUUUAUGGUUUGAAUGUCAACUAUUUGCAAGUAACAGAUAUGGCGGAAAUGUCUGAGACCAUAUUAUUUAAGGGCUGCACAGUGGAUCCUUAUCUUUUUGAAAACUUUAAUCUUACGGAUCAGAAGUCUUUAAAAUCUAAAUUUCGAGCUUUUAAAUUUCCCAAUACAGCAUUUGUACAAUUUCGUGCAAAUGUGAAAAUUUGCUUACAAAAGUGUGCUCAACCUCAAUGUAUAGGCAGCAACUCCAAACAGUCUCGUAAAAGACGUAAUCUAAAUGAUCGAGAAAACCACGUCUAUGAGAUUUUAGCUAGAUUUGUUAUAAAACUAAAUGAAACCUAUCAAAGCAAUGAAUGA